AGUAGCCCAUGGACCGUCCCAAAGAAGAUCAAAUCAGGUACGCCGGUCUCGCAGGUGGCAUUACGGGCAGUGUGACGCGUACGUUAUGCCAACCAUUCGAUGUCAUCAAAAUACGUCUCCAACUGCAGGUGGAACCGAUCAAAUCACAAUCCCCAAAGUCCAAAUAUCGUACAAUUUUUCAAACCAUUGGAACCGUUUACCGCGAAGAAAGCAUGCUGGCUUUUUGGAAAGGCCAUAAUGCAGCACAGGUUCUAUCGAUGACGCAGGGAGUGGCGCAGUUUACUUUCUAUGAGCGAUUCAACGGGGUUCUUCGGGGCAUGAGCGCAUUUGAAGGGCGCGAUCGGGCCAGGAUAUUUUUGUGUGGAGCAUGUAGUGGAUCCUUUGCCACUUUUACGGUGAUGCCACUGGAUGUGAUCAAAACGCGUCUGGUAUCGCAGGAUCCAAACGGAGGAUACAGAAAUGCUUUUCACGCAGUGAGCAGCAUUUGUCAAAACGAAGGCCUACCUGGUCUAUAUCGGGGACUGGGUCCGGCUAUAAUGCAGACGGCACCGCUUACUGGAGGUCAAUACAUGUUCUACAAUCUGUUCGGAGAUGUAUUCAAACGAAUAGAAAGUGCUCCCCAGGAUACCCUGCUGGGUCCAACAGAGCUGAUGGUUUGCGGUGCACUGUCCGGGUUGUGCACGAAGCUCAUACUUUACCCGCUGGAUCUGGUUAAGCGUAGACUACAAAUUCAAGGCUUUUCGGAAGGAAGACGAACAUACGGAAAGCACUUUGUAUGUAAGCAUUUACUCCAGUGCAUGUAUCGGGUCGUUCGCAAGGAAGGCUUCCUAGGGCUCUACAAAGGUUUGAGCUCGUCUCUGUUGAAGGCUGCCGUGACGUCUGCUAUAUUUUUCACCCUCUAUGAUAAGUUGCUAUAUUCGUUGAAUAAACACUUGUGA